GAUUCCUGGACUACUCUGUACCCUUUGAGCUGGCAAAGUAUCUCUCUCGUGAAACAGAAUUUGCCCCUUGGACGGCAUUCCUCCAUUACAUUGAGCAGCUGUAUAAUGAAUCACCUCUACGUGGUUCUCCGUACUUUGAUAAUUUCAAGAAAUACGUUUUGGAGGUGACUGAUGAGUUGGAAAAACAUAUUUUGCUGACCGAAGAAGCUAAUGAUGAUUUCACCACUAGACUUUUGAGAAUUUCUUUGGUGAGCUUAAGAUGCAUCUUUGGCUCGAGUGCCUGUGGAAAUUAUGCGCUUACAAAACUCAAAAAUUAGCUUGAAGAUCUUGAUAAAUAUCCAAUUUCAGCUGAUAUGAAAGAUGUAAUUCUCAAAAGUGGAAUUUGUUUUGCGGACGAGGAUACUUGGAACAAAUUGUGGGAUAGAUAUCAAUUAAAUUUGCAGAGCCCAGAAAAUAAAAAAAUUGAUAUGUACGGUAUGCUUAAAUGGGAAACCAAUAAGGAAGAAAACCUUCUCAAUGCUCUGUCUUGCACUCCAAGCUUUGAAUUGCUCAAAAAAUUUAUAAUUUGGGUCCCAAAGAAAGUUCCAUCUGACAUAAAUCCAGUUUCUUGGUUCAAAAAUAUUGUUCUGUUGAAUGAAAAAGGCGUUGAUGCUAUAUUGGACGUUUUGGAAUCCAAACCCACUAAAGAUAAUGGACAACCUUUAUUUCAAGCAAAUAUCGUGUAUGAGGGUUGCCAGGCAGUUCGUUUCUCCAUGAGGACUGAAGAUCAAGUGGAAAAAUUUAAUCGAGUGAGAACUCAGUACAGCCGUAUUCAAUUGAAUCGUUUUGCGUUCAUGGAUGAACAUGCAAGUAAAAAUUCCGUUUCCAAAAUCGAAGAAAAAUUAGAUGAAUUGAAAACAUAUUUUGAAACAACAAAUUAAUUCUUUAAUAAAGUUAUUUUUACUUUUUA